AAAAUAUCUAUUCGACCUAAGUUGGCGGGGAAUGGUAUUGUUUGUUUAUAUUUUAAGACGUUUGUUUACAAAGACAAUUUCCAUAUCUCUUGACUGCUACGGCUACAAAAAUAAUAUGGGAAUUACUGGUCUUACAAAACUCUUGGGUGAUCAUGCGCCAGCGUCAAUGAAAGAAUAUGAUAUUAAACACUUUUUUGGAAGAAAAGUAGCUAUUGAUGCUUCAAUGAGCAUCUAUCAGUUUUUAAUAGCCGUACGUCAAGAUGGUUCUCAGCUAACUAAUCAAGAAGGAGAAACAACAAGUCACUUGAUGGGGAUGUUUUAUCGUACCAUCCGGAUGGUGGAAAAUGGAAUCAAACCUGUUUAUGUUUUUGAUGGAAAACCUCCAGAAAUGAAAUCCGGGGAGUUGGCUAAAAGGAAAGAGAAAAGAGAAGAAGCACAAAAAGAACUGGACAAAGCAGAAGAAGCCGGUGAUGAAGAGAAUGUAGAGAAAUUCAGCAGGAGGUUAGUCAAAGUCACCAAAGAACACAAUGACGAUUGUAAGAAGUUGUUAACUUUGAUGGGUAUUCCAUUUGUGGAGGCACCAUGUGAAGCUGAAGCUCAGUGUGCCGCAUUAGUAAAGGGAGGUAAAGUUUAUGCCACAGGGACAGAAGAUAUGGACUCGUUAACAUUUGGCUCCAGUGUCGUGUUGCGUCAUUUAACAUUUAGUGAAGCGAGAAAGUUACCAAUUAAAGAGUAUCAGCUGAGUAAAAUUUUAGAAGAUUUAAACUUAAGUCAAGAUGAGUUUAUUGACCUUUGUAUUCUGCUUGGCUGUGAUUAUUGUGACUCUAUUAGAGGCAUUGGUCCAAAGAGAGCGAUAGAAUUAAUCAAACAACACAGAAAUAUUGAAGAGAUUAUCAAACAUCUGGACAAAAAGAAAUACACAGUUCCUGAUGAUUGGCUUUUUAAGGAAGCUAGAAAAUUAUUUCAAGAGCCAGAAGUCACUGACCCAGAAAAGUUAGAGCUAAAAUGGACUGAUCCAGAUGAGGAGGGUCUAGUAGAAUUAAUGGUGAAACAGAAAAACUUUAAUGAAGAAAGAAUACGUAAUGGUGCUAAGAAACUGCUCAAGUCCAGGCAAGGUACAACACAAGGCAGGAUGGACUCAUUCUUCUCUAUAGUUUCCACAUCUAAAGCUACAACAAAAAGAAAGGCUGAAGAAACUAAAGGACCCCAGAAGAAAAAAGGAAAAGGGACAUUUAAGAAAACCAAAUAGAUUUCAGAUGCUGCUACUCUAUAAUGAAUUGUACAACACAUUGAACUCAAAACUGAUUGGAACAGAACACAAGUUUCAAAGAGAAAAUAAAAUAUAAAAUUUUUA